AUGUCCUGCCAGCAGAACCAACAGCAGUGCCAGCCUCCUCCCAAGUGUGCCCCCAAGUGCCCCACCCCUAAAUGCCCCCCAAAGUGCCCCCCAGUCUCCUCCUGCUGUGGCCCCAGCUCCGGGGGCUGCUGCAGCUCUGGGGCUGGGGGCUGCUGCCUGAGCCACCACAGGCGCCGCAGGUCCCACCACUGCAGACCCCAGAGAUCUGACUGCUGCAGCCAGCCCUCGGGGGGCUCCGGGUGCUGUGGAGGGGGGAGUGGUCAGUCCUCUGGAGGCGGCUGCUGCUGAAGUGGACCCUGAGCCAAGAAGAGCUGACCUGGGGACAACAGAUGGACAAACACUUCCUCCUCCUCCUGCUGAGAUUUCCUGAGAGGUCCCAGAUGAGGUUCUGAACUCUGGGCUGGAGUGACUCUCUGUCCUGGGAUUCAGAAACCUGAGUCUGCUCCUGAGAAUCUGUCUGCUGACCUCUGACACCAAUUGGGAUGUCUGCCCUGGAAUCCCCAAACCACAGACUCUAACUCACUCCCCAGAUAAUCUCCUUGCAUCUGCAGCCUCAAAUGAAACAAUAAAACAAGAAAUCUGCUCACCAUUUUGUUCUGGACUCUUCCUUGCCUGCUUGUGCCCCAGUAUUCUUUCCACUGUCAUUCAUUCUCUUGAUGCCUGAGACCCUGGGAAUCAAAUAUGUGCUGGAUGAUACGGUUGAGAAAGGGA